AUGAAAAUGCGUGGGGUAUUCUUCACAGCAGCAUUUAUCCUCGUCAUCUGCUUAUUUUUAGCAGUAGUAGAAGGCUUUGAUGGAGCUCAUGAAUUGAGCAAGAGACACGCUGUUGUGAUCUCACAUCCUAAAGAUCCGACCACCAGCGCAGCAACUCCAACCAGCACUUCAAACGAAACUAUAAUUGAUCCAAAUACACCUCAAGGCGCAAUACAAAUGGUGACACCAGCUGUAACUGCUAACAAAGCUCUAUACAAAAUUGGCAGCAAAGUUACUUUCUCCUGGAAAUAUAGUCCAACGCCAGUGCUUGCACCUAAAAACUUAACUAUGGAAGCACAAGCAAAUGCCAACAAAAACUGGUACCCGAUUGCAAACCUCUCUGGAGAUGCCACAAGUUACGUGUGGGACUCAUCCAAUCAGAGUCCUCCGUUGUUGAAUAGUGAUUAUACGCUUUGGAUUUACGAUGAACGAGGAAGAACGCCAAUUCCAUCACCUGGGCGUUUGACCCCAUUUUCAGGAUUGAUAUUUUCAAUGUAUUCACCUGAACCCUAUACUGACUACAGUGGUAAGUGA